CCAACGUCGAUAUGAACGAUGGAAAUUUAUGAAUCCAAAUUAAGGAAACUACCUAGAAUUUGCACUACCAUGACAACCAAGACGUACAGCUUGGUAAUUUUAUAUAUCCCAUGGGCCCUAAAAUAUAUAGUAUUAACAUAAUUACAGUUAAAAUCAGCUAGUUGGCAUCGACUUCUCAUGAAUGUUCAAUAUAGUAUAACAUGAAUUCACUCUCAUCUCACUCUCUUUUCUACCAAUCAAUUCUCCUUUCACUCAAUUCUCUUCACUGAAAAAAAAUGGCAGAAUCUUUUGCAGCCGAGAUUGCAAAAUCCCUUUUAGGGAAGUUAGGCUCUUUGGCUGUCCAGGAAUUUUGUUUGGCAUGGGGACUUGAAGCUGACCUUGCACGUCUUGAAGAGAGAUUGUCAGCCAUCAACGCAGUGCUAUCUGAUGCGGAGAAGCAACAAUCAAGGAACGACAAGAUUCGGCUCUGGCUCCAAACGCUCAGAGAAGUCUUGUAUGAUGCGGAGGACGUGCUGGAUGAAUUUGAGUGCGAGACUUUGCGAAGGCAGGUGGUGAAAACUACGGGCAGCACCAGCAGCAAGGUACGGCGCUCUCUUGGUCUAAGUUCUAAUAUGAUUGCAUUCCGUUUAAGAAUGGGUCAUAAGAUAAAGAACAUCAUAGAAAGACUAGCUGAGAUUUCAUCUCUUAAGUCUGACUUCAACCUCCACGAGCAUCCUAAUGAUUAUAGUAAUGUCUUGCAUGAGGAAAUAGUGAUGAACCGAUCCUUUCAGAGCUUUUUCGGUCUUAUUGGAAGAGAUGGAGACACAGAACGCAUCAUCAACCUUUUAGUAGAACCUUUAAGAGAUGGUGACGCACAUCCCCUUGUCCUUCCGAUGGUUGGAAUGGGAGGCUUGGGGAAGACUGCUCUUGCCAAAUCGGUGUAUGAUAAUGAAAUUGUAAAAGCUCAUUUCGAACUGAAAAUGGAGGCAUGCGUUUCCGAUAGUUUUUCCUUAAAACUAGUGGUACCAAAAAUCAUUAAAUCUGCAACUGGGGAAAUAUGUGCAAAUCUGGAUGAGGGUGAACUAAGACAAAAACUAUUAACAGUUUUGGAUGGUAGGAAAUACUUGCUUGUCUUAGAUGAUGUUUGGAAUGAAGAUCCUCAAAAAUGGUUGUUGUUGAAGCCUCUGUUAUCAAAAGGUGCGUUUGGAAGUAAAAUCUUAGUAACUACCCGUAGUCAACGUGUUGUUGAGAUUAUGGGUACUGUUACUCCAUACAACCUAACUCUUCUGGGUCAAAGGGAUUGUUUGUCGUUGUUUUACAAGUGUGCAUUCAAGGAAAGGCAAAUGGAGUUGUAUCCAAAUUUAGUUGAAAUUGUUGGUGGGAGAAACCACUGGUGGUGGAUUUGAAACACUCGGAGGGGAUAAAACACACUGUUUUAUUUCAAGAAACAAAAGCUUACAAACACUUAACACAAAAGCUUAACACAAUACACGCCCUCUCUCUUUCUCUCUAGUGUUUCUCUCUAUUCUCUCCACACAUAAUAGCAUAAGCUCAGCUUGCUAUUUAUACACGAAUUCAAAACAAGAUAAUUCAACCUUCAAGUGUGAAGGCGGCUGGCGGCCAAUGGUGUGAAGGCGGCUGGCGGCUGCGGCUGGUGGCUGGCGGCUGGUCGGUCACAGCUGGUGGCUGGCUGGCCGGUGGUUGCCUUCCUUGACCUUCUAGAUUGAUUGAGUUUAAUACAACAAAUCUCCCCUUUAAACUCAAUCGAGGGAUGUCAUGCCAAGCAUGAACACUUCUCAUUUCAAUGCCUUCUCUCUGCUUGUAGCCUUUAUCCACUAAUUUGGCUUUCGUCUUGUAGACCCUUUUGACACCUAUUGCUUUCUUGCUUUCUGGUGGAUAAGUCAGCUUCCAGGUAUCAUUCUUCUCAAUGGCAUGCAUUUCUUCAUCCAUUGUUUCUAUCUUCUCUUCUGUGAUAGCUUUGUUGAAGCUAAGUGGAUCAUUAUCUGCAAAGAAACAAAACAAAUCUGUAUCUUCCAUUAC